AUGAAUGGUGACGGUGGCAAACAGCGUUAUGUGUCAACCUUCAGGAUGCAGAUCAAGUCACCGCGUGCAGCAUCUGCACCAGGGAAUGGGCCAGGAACUGUUGACACCAGGGCCUCAGACAAGCGCACUGACACAGGGCCUCUCAGCCUCUCCUCUUGCAAACGUCUGGAUCCACCCGCCUUCAUAGAGCCCCUGAAGGACUGCUGCGUGGACGAAGGAAAUGACAUCAUCCUACGCGGUGUUCUCUCCGGCAGUCAGCCUAUCAAAGUUUCAUGGUUGCACAAUGGUGAAGUGGCCCGCUUUGGGAAACCUUUUUUCAAUGGCAGGGAGGUGAGUUUUGCGGUGAGGGAGUGCCUGCCGGAGGACGCUGGUGCCUACACCUGCUUUGCAGAAAACACUGCAGGGAAGACGUCCUGCUGCGCUGCUGUGUUCGUCAGAGACUUUGAAACUAUCUGUGGUGUGCAGAAUCAUUUCCCAAAGAUCCCCACUUCUGCAUCCGAGAGCAUUAUUGAAAACGGAAGGUCGGCUCAGUCUCCCAAAGAUGAGCUAAAGGAGUUCAGAGGAUCUGUUUGUACCUCCCCUACAGGGUCUGAUAAGCAGAGCCCAGUCUCAUCUCCAAGAGAAGUCAUCCCAAAGAAGAGAGUCAACUCGGGGAAAGGUCCGACAUUACAUUUUGAAAAGCCUCCACAGCACCUCAAAGUGAAGGUGGGACAGACUGCCCGCCUGUCCUGCUUUUUCACCGGCAGCCCUCCUGUAGUGUCCUGUUGGAUCAGAGACAAAGAGCAGAUAGUGGAUGGUCCAGAGCUGUGGACGGAAAGUACCGAUCAGAGCAGCACACUGGUCAUAGCAGAGGCUAAACCACAGCAUACAGGUCGCUACACUAUUGUAGUGAGGGACCGCAAGAGCUCAGCACAACACACACUCACCCUUUCUGUAAUAGAGAGGCCACAGCCUCCCGUCUCCUCUCCUGUGAUCUCCUGCGUCUCUGCCUCCAGCCUUGUGUUGUCCUGGUCGGGCCCCUGCUACGACGGUGGCAGUGCCGUCCUGGGUUAUGUGAUUGAGGUAAAGGAGCAAGGCCGUGCUGAGCCUGGGGAUUGGAGCCAACUCACUUCCCAGUGUAAGAGUACUUCUUACAGAGUGCGCUCUGGGCUGCAACCGCAGGAGGAGUACUGCUUCAGAGUCAGGGCCUACAACACAGUGGGAACAAGCGAGCCAGGACCAGUGUCACCAGUGGUUAGGAUGGAGCAGAAAGAUUCAGACCAGCUGCGAGAAGACGAGGCCCCUCAAGCCUAUACCUGUGUCACUAUUGACUCUUCACACAAGGUCACAGAUCAUUACAAUUUGCAGGAGAAAUUGGGAAUGGGAGCGUUUGGCCUGGUGUUCAAGCUAACCCACAAAGAGACAGGACGCGUGUGUGCCGGGAAGUUCUACAAAGGCCGACGUGCCAAGGAGAGGGAGGCCGCUCGCAAGGAGAUAGAGCUGAUGAACUACCUCCACCACCCUAAACUGGUUCAGUGUCUGGCGGCCUAUGAUCACAAGCCGGAGAUGGUCAUGGUCAUGGAGUUCAUCGCAGGAGGGGAACUGUUCGAACGUAUUGUGGAUGACAGCUUUGAGCACACAGAGUCUGCCAGUGUGCGCUACAUGCAGCAGAUCCUGCAGGGGAUUAACUUCAUGCAUCAACAAAACAUUAUACAUCUGGACCUCAAACCUGAAAACAUUGUGUGUGUUGACACCACUGGCACCUCCUUAAAGAUCAUUGACUUCGGAUUAGCCAGGAGCCUUGAUGGCGACACGCCUCUGAAGGUGAUGCAUGGGACUCCAGAGUUUGUGGCACCGGAAGUGAUCAACUAUGAGCCAGUGUGUUUGGCCACUGACAUGUGGAGCAUUGGGGUCAUCUGCUACAUACUACUGAGUGGUGAGUCUCCAUUCCAGGGCAACAGCGAUGCAGAGACCCUGGCCUUAGUCACAGCCGCCCAGUGGGAGUUUGACGAGGACAGCUUUGACGAGAUAACAGAUGAGGCCAAAAGUUUCAUCAGCUCCCUGCUCAACAAGGACACCAGGCAGAGGAUGUCCUGCAAAGAGGCACUUGCCCACCCAUGGAUGGCAGCAUCUGACUCUGAAGAUCUGGCCACCACCAAGAGUCUGUCCAAGGAGAAGAUGAAGAGGUUUCUAGCCAGGCAGAAGUGGAAGAAAGCAGGUAAGGCCAUGCUUGCCCUGAAGAGAAUGGCUUUGCUUUCCAAAAGCGACAGCUCUGGAUCUCCUACCAGCCCUGGAGGAGAGUCACCCCUUAGCCCAGAAGCAGAGCAUGCACUGCAGUCUCUGGAGCGCAAGAUGCAGGGCCCACCCCAGUUCACCCAGAGCCUGGAGGACCAGACGGUAACUCAGGGAUCCAAUGCCCGUCUCUCCUGUCACCUCACAGGAUACCCUGACCCAGAGGUGGUGUGGCUGUGUGGGAAGGAGCCUAUAGUGGAGUCAUCCUCAGUGCAGAUUGAGUAUGAGGAGGACGGCCACUGUACCCUGGUCCUCGCCAAAGUUGGCACCAAGGACACCAAUGUUUACACCUGUAGAGCCACCAAUGACCAUGGGGAGACAUGCUGCUCAGCAAACCUCACUGUUCAAGAGUAGCUUCAUUAUAUCAAUGUAGGCUUAUUUACAGGACUGAGGGAGUACCUUAAGCUUGAUUGUACAUUCUUGCUUUAAUACAAAUGGGGACCAAACUGUCCAUCCUGUACUGUGGUUGAAAUAUAUAAUACAUGUAUUACUGUACAAACUGUAUGAACAGAAGAAUAUUGUUACAGAGCUACAAGCAUAUAUAAAGAUCAUUUCUUCAUGGGA